AUGUUGAGCGAUCUUGUCGAACAAGGAGAACUGUAUGUCUGCCUGAAGUGGGGUUCAUCUAUGGAUGUAGGCGAACUGUAUGUCUGCCUGAAGUGGGGUUCAUCUACGGAUGUAGCUUUGAAACGAGUGGAGGACGAAAUUCCAGAAACAGCCGAUUAUGGCAGUAACGAACAACAUCAAACAUCACAAACUUCAUGGAAAAUAAUCCGUCUCAACAAAGUUGUACUUAAACUUAAUAUAUUAGUAUGUGGAGAGAAUUGGUAUGGUAAAUAUUAG